GCCAGCAUGGCCACAGCUCUGACCGCCCGGGCCGCAGAGUAGCCCUCUGCACCGCUAAACGGCCCAACACACUCCUGUGUGUGUGUGUGUGUGUUUUAGUGUUUGUGUGUGUGUGUGUGUGGAUUCACGAUGGCUUCCUAGAGGAUAGAGGAAGUCAUUUUUAUUGUUUUGAUCUUUUAGUUUUUUGUUGUUGUGUUGUGAUACCGCAAGACCGAGGACCGAUAUAUUAUGUCUACCGGGAAGAGGACAUAGCAUGUCUAACGGUUACCGGACUUUCUGAUCUAUAUCACGGACAUGUCAAACGGUUACUGUAUUUUUUAACGGUUACCAUAUUUUCCCAAUAAUACGGCCAUGUCAAAUGGUUACCGUGUUCUCUGACGUAUAAGGGACAUGUCUGCGGGUUGCCGUUGUUUUUAAGUGACAUGUCUAACGGUUACCGUACUCUGUCGCAGCACCUCAAUGACCUGAAGAAGGAGAACUUCAGCCUCAAGCUCCGUAUAUACUUCCUGGAGGAGAGGAUCCUGCAGAAGUACGAGGACAGCAGUGACCAUGUCUACCGCACGAACAUUGAGUUGAAGGUAGAAGUGGAGAGCUUGAAGCAGGAGUUACAGGAGAAACAAGACCUUCUUGACCAGGCUCUGUCAAAAGCUGAGAGCCUGUCCAGUCACAAUGAGGCAGAGCUACAGAGACGAUGUGAGGAGAGACAGCAGGAGAUCGACCACAUGCAGGAGUUGCUGGAGACCAAGAUACAACUCCUGCAGGAGGAGGCCGAGCUAGCGAGAUGUGAGGCUGGGAGGAUGGCCUCCCUGGCUAGGUCGAGCUCCCAGACCCUCUUGGAGGACUUGGAGGACAGGCCAGAGGAGGAGGAGAGCCCCCAGACCCCGUCUAACCACCCCCCAUCACACACCAACAGAGACAGGGUGGUCGAGGAGCUGACCAGUGCUCUGCGCUGUAAGGAGGCUCUGAUCACUGAGCUGAGUGGACAGAAGAGUGUCCUGACCCUGAAGGUGGGAGAGCUGGAGAGACAGGUAGAGGACCUCUCCUCCUCCCUGCUGCAGAAAGAGAGGGAUGUAGAGUUCUACCAGGAGGAGCUGGGCAGGGAGAGACUACGCAUUGAGCAGGAGAUGCAGUGCUUGUUUAUCAUUAAAAACAAAGGUGUGUGUGGAAUGCUGGACAUCAGAAUGAAGGAGGCGUGUCGUAUCUGCGCGCAGGAGCUCUGCGGUAACCAACGCCGAUGGAUCUUCCACCCUGCCUCCAAACUCAACCUCCAGGUGCUCCUGUCCCACGCCCUGGGUCGAGAGCUGACCCGGGACGGGCGCGGCGAAUUCGCCUGCUCCAAGUGUGCCUUCAUACUGGAGCGCAUGUAUAGGUUUGAUACGGUCAUCGCUCGUGUGGAGGCUCUGUCCAUCGAACGGCUGCAGAGGCUGCUCCAGGAGAAACAGCGGCUACGUGGCCUCAUCGGAGGCCUCUACCGGAAGUCCAACGGGGAGGAGGGGGGCGGUGGUGGAGGGGUCAUUACCGGGCCUGGGGGUACGGGAGGAGGAGGGGUACAGGGGGAAGGUAUAGUGGACAUGUCUGGUCUGACCCAUGCUAAGUACUGUGCUCUGCUCCAGGAGGACUUGGUGUACUCUCUGUAUGAGUCCUGGGCUGUGGAGGGGUUAGAGUUCGGGGGUCACCACCAUCAUCAUCAUGGGCAUCGCCCACAAUGCCCAGGGUCAGAGGUGACGACUGUUGGGUCACAGCGCUGUGGGACAGUCACGCCUUCGCCCAGGAAGUGCCAAGGGUGCACAGCGUGGCGAGUCGCGGACUCUGACUACGAGGCCGUGUGUAAAGUACCCAGGAAGUUGGCACGGAGUAUUUCCUGUGGCCCAUCGACGAGGUAUUCGACCAGUGUGAUUGGAGUAGAAAGAGGUAGAGGAGGGGAGGAAGAGCCAAAAGGGACCCACUCCUCGCUCACGCUGGUCCCAGGGUCCAAGCUUCAGUCCCGGGCUUCAGACAGUGACCGUACCCUAGUGGGUCGAGACAGCUCCAGCCCCUCCAUAGACUCCCUGGAUAUAGCUGGAGAAUCUACCCGGCUGUCUGCUAUCCAAGAUGAGGACGAGGGGCUAGUGUACCCCCGGGACCCCCUGGAUGACCGGUUCUCUGACUCCCUGUCUGAAGAGCACCACCUGGUGACCCCGAUGAGAUCGGCCUCCCACGUCUCCCUGGCCCUCUGCCUGGUCCAGAACUGUGUGUACCGUCCCGUCCAGAGCCCCAAGGGAAGCAGAUUGCCUGUGCUGCUCAGACAGAGCCCCAGCGAUGGAGGCUCCAGACUUGGCUUCUAUGAGCCGGCCUUGAGGUUGCUGCAUCGAAGUCCGAAUGGAGAGGGGGAGAUCCAUGGCCAUGUACCCGACCCAGAGGCCCCUCCGAUCAGGCUGGACGGUGAGAUGGAUGGGGGUCUGGACCUGGCUGAGAUGGAGGAGCUGUGGGAGGAUCUGUAUCAUGAGUGUCCUCCCCCACACCCCCACCAGACUCUGAUCGAGGAGCAGCACAGCCAGUUGAACCAGUAUGAGUGUGCAGCAGGUCAGUGUAUCAGUGAGCUGCAGAAGGCCCAGCUCCAGGUCCAGUCCCUCCAGACCAAGAUCCAGGAGAGUGAGGCCAACAACACGAAGCUGCAGGAGAAGCUCAGUGAGAUGGAGUGUGAUCUGCGUUCCAUCCGCCAGGCAGCUCACAACCAGGAACGCACCAUCCAGGGCCUGACCGACUCUGUCAGCACCAAGGACAACGAGACCCAGGAGCUGUACCAGUUCAUUGAGGGGCAGAACACCAUGCUGUGUAAGCUGAGAGAGAUGGCCAACCACAACCAGAUCACUCACACUCAGGCUCCAGAGGGGGGCAGUGAAGGUGCGGGUCUAGCCCAGCUGCAGGGUGAGUUGGUGGGGGUACAGAGCUCUCUGUUUACCCUGGGUCUGGAGCUGGAAGCCAGUCAGAGAGCCCAGAGACAGAGCCAGAGACAGGCUGAGGACCUGACCAGAGCUAAAGACAGACUCCACUCUGACCUAAAGGAGGCACUGCAGCACAGGGAGGUCACCGACAAACACAACCAGGACUUGCUCAGUGCCCUGGCUCAGUCCCGCUCUGCGCUGCAGGCUAAAGAGGCUCAGCUGAAGGAGAGCGAGGCAGAGAAACACAUGGAGGUUCAGGAGAGAGACAAGAACAUCACACAGCUCAAACUCUCCCUACAGGACAAGGAGAGACAGCUACAGGAGUACUCUGAGCUCCUGGAAUCAGUAGACAGCUCCAAACCCAGAGAUACUCUGAUGGACAAACUGAGAGAACGCAUCAGGGACAGGGACAGAGCACUGGAGCGGUCUAUAGAUGAGAAGUUCCGUUGUCUGGAGGAAAGGGAGGAGCAGGUGAGGAGACUACAGCUGGCCCUGCGAGAGAAAGAACGAGACCUGGAGAGACUCCGCUGCAUACUGCUCAACAACCAGGAGACCAUCACGAGUCUGGAUGCGUUGGUGCGGGGUAAGGAGCUGGAUGUGGAGCAGGCAGCAGAAGCUCACAGGAACCUGCAGUGGCUCCAGCAACAGAGCGAGGAGAGAGAGAAGAACACUCUGAGAGAGAGAGACACGCUCAUCAGCCAGCUACAGUCUGCCCUACAGACACGCAGCCGGGAGACACAGGACCUCACGGCAGCCCUGCUGGCUAAGGUCCAGGCAGGCCCCAGUGAGGUGGUGGAGGAGCUGAAGGCUCGCCUCGCACUGAAGGAGAAACUGUUCCAGGAACUGCUGUCAGACCGCAGCCGCCAGAGCCACGAACACCAAGCACAGGUCCAGGACCUGCUCAGCACCAUCAGCACCAAGGACCAGUACAUACAGGACUGCUCUGAUAGGCUCUCCCAGGUGAUUGGCGAACGGACGGGCCAGCUGCAGGAGCUGCGCAGGCAGCUGUCGUCACGGGAACAGGAGAUGGGCGAGCUGCAGAGGGAGAGAGAGAGGGAGAGAGUGGGAGAGGCAGAGCGACUGCAGAACCUACUAAAAGAGAAAGAGGCUUUUAUCCAGAGUCUGAUGCAGGGCCAGGAGGAGAGCAUGGAGCCCUCCACACCAGAGGGGGCAGCAGAUGUACAGGCCUUCCAGGAAGAGCUGCAACUGAUCAGGAAGAAAGAGAGGGAGGCUCAGCUGGAGCUCUCAGCCCUGCGCUCAGCUCUCACCCAGGCCCAGCAGCAGGCCCAAAAGCAGGGGGAUAGAUUUAAGAUCCUGGCUCCAGGAAUCCCAGUCAGGGACCAGCCCUCCAGCACUGACCACCAGAGUGUGAUGGAACAGUUGGUCACUGAGUACCACAGACUGAACGAUGCUCUGAGGGCAGAGAAGAGGCUGUACCAGAGUCUGAGCCACAUCCAGACUAGAGGAGACAGCAGCUCAGAGAAGACCCAGGCCCUGCUCACAGAACUGGACUCUGUUCAGGCACUGCGAGGGCAGCUGGAGGAGGUCCUAACCAGGACCCGGAAGACCGCCCUGGCACUAGAGAGGGCAGCUAAGAGGCAGUCUGAUUUUGGAGAGCUCAGCAUGGAGGAAGAAGAGGAGGGAGAUGAUGAAGAGGGCAGCACUGAUGAGUUCUCGGACAGUAUUGAAGACGAUGAGGAUAAACUGACUGCCAAAAGCCUGGCCUCCACUAAGAACUCUGCGGUGGCCUGUGGGCAGGGGGUGCUGUCUGGAGGAGCACUGUCCCAGGGGGCCGAGGGGCAGCAUCUGGCUGAACAGAAGAGGGCACUAGAAGAAGAAGUGGAGGAGAUGAGAACACAGCUGGAGACCACCGGCUGCUCCUCCCUAGCCCAGAUGAGGAGAACACUGCAGAGGCUACAACAAGAGAAUGAGGCCCUGAAACAGACCCAACGGGGGUUAGAGGGUCUAGGAACUCUGGAGGAUCCAACAGACAUGUGCCAAGGAUGGGGACAGGAGGAGGAGGAGGAGGAGGAGGAAGAGGAGGAGGUAGAGGAUGAAGAGGAAGAGGAGGAGGUAGAGGAGGAGGAGGAAGAGGAGGAGGAGGAGGAGGAAGAGGAGGAGGCACAACCAGCAGUGGUACCCACCCAGGGAAAGCAUGACCCCCCAGCAGUGAGGAUGAGAGAGGGGAGGGGGAACAGACAGUAUACCAGACCUCACUCCCUAGACCUGGGGACUCUCCUCUACCACCAGCCAAACCAUACAGAGAAGGAGGCUGAGUCUGAUGAUGUCACCGGCGAUGUGGGCGGGUUCUGGCAGCAUGUGGAGGCGGGUCUCCGUGAGCAGGCGGUGCGUCUGCGUUCUGAUUUGGCGCUGAGCAGACAGGAGAGCAGAGAGUUGCAGGAGAGACUCAUGGUGUCUGAGGCCACAGUACAUGCACAGGCUGAACAACUCAAAGACUACAGGGAACUACUCACGGAGACAUCAGUCGAGCAGGACAGUAAGCAGGUCCAGGUGGACCUGCAGGACCUGGGCUAUGAGACGUGUGGUCGUAGUGAGAAUGAGGCAGAGAGAGAGGACGCCAGCAGCCCAGAGUUUGAUGAUCUGGAGAUGUGUACAUCACUGAGCCACCGGCAGGACUACGAGUGUGCUGGGGUUUGGUUCCAUGGCGAUGGGAGUGUGGGCGGAGCUUAUGAUGAAGGGGAGGAGCCAGGGGCAGGAUCCCUACAGCAAUUGGUCCUGGACCUGCGUUCUCAGCUGACCCGCUGCCACAAGGUGAUUCGUGGGUUGCAGCUACGUGUGCGCUCACUAUCCACCACCAGUGACUACGCAUCCAGUCUGGAACGCACCCCACGCAAGGUGAACUGGGCGUUUGAGGCCUCCCCGGCCCCCAGCGGUGUAGAGGACGAUGAGGGUUGGAUGUCCGACAGCCUGGGGCCUCGCAUGGAACCCAAGCCCAGCCGGGAGCUGCGAGAGCUGGUGUCCCGAGUGGCCUCACUGGAGGCCCAACUCAAGAGCUCCAGGCUGGAGGGGAAAGGAGGGGUGGUAGAGGAGGGGAAGUGUGCUACCUGGCCCGGGAAGUACAACACCCUGAUCCAGGCUCAGGCCAGGGAGCUGUCCCACCUGCGUCAGAGGAUGAGGGAGGGCCGUGGUGUCUGUCACAUACUCACACAGCACCUGGGAGACACCACCAAGGGCUUUGAGGAGCUGCUGCGUGCCAACGACAUCGACUACUACAUGGGACAGAGCUUCAGAGAGCAGCUGGCACAGAGCACUGCCCUGGCACAACGAAUGGGCACCAAGAUCAGUGGACGUGAGUGUGGAGAACACACACACAAACGUGACCGUGCUGAGCUCCAUGACGAUAAGAUGGGCCAUGAGCUGCUUGCUUUACGGCUGAGUAAGGAGCUCCAGCAGAAGGAUAAGAUCAUUGAGUCGCUCCACACCAAACUCCAGCAGCGUCUAGACACCCCCUCCAGUAGCCAUGCACUCUCAGAGACCACCGACCAAUCAGACAGGACCUCCUUUGUGUCGGACGAGUGCCGGACCAAUGAGGACCUGGAGCUGUGCUCAGAUGUGGACACUGCCAGCGAAUACGCUCAGGAAGAAAAGGGACAGGGGGCGGGACAUGGCCCAGGAAGCACAGACCUCCACCCCUCCCUCCCUCCAUCCUGUCUUAAGUCCUCCAGCAGCUGUCCCAACAUGCUAUACUCCACUCCCGUGGAGUCAGCCAGUCAGACUGGUCCUGUGUCCUACUCCCUACCCGCCUCCCAGUCCCUCCCCGGGCUUUACCCUAGCCGUGACCUCUGGGGUCAGCGUAUGACCUUUGACCCCCCGACCAGGACCUUCUCUAUGGAAGCGGUGCAACAGGAGCUGGAUACCCUGCACAGACAGAUGACUAUGAAUGAGAGCUUUGUGGUUCCUCACGCCAAGGCCCGGUCGACUGUCCCACCAGCCGCCCAUCACCAGCCCGACCACUCCCCUUACAGCCAGAUUACCCACCAUGCCUUUUACCCACUCCAGCUAGGCAGCCGACCCGCAGGCCCCGCCCUGAAGGCGGACGCAGACCUGGUGGAGAGUGGUGCAUUGUGGGAUAAGGAGAACAUGGUUCAGCCAAUCAGGGUUGGGUCAUCAGGAUACUAUUCAGGAAACAGCUUUACUGGUGUGGACGUGAUCAAGGAGAACCUGAGGGAGGUGCAGUGUCUGCGUCAGCACCUGGAGGAGUCCAUCAGGACCAACGAGAGGCUCAGACAGCAGCUGGAGGAACGCCUGUCCACCACCGGCCGCGACGGCGCAGCACCCACCAACAUCUACAUCCAGAGCCUGGACUCUGUCUGCCAGCUGUCCAAUGAGAUCAGAGUCCUGAAAGAGGAGAACCUGGCUCUCCAGGCACGCCUGCAGGCCAGCUCAGACACGUGUAAGGAGGCGGAGCAGCUGCGUGAGGUGGUGGUGACGGGGCGUGCCCGCCUGAAGCAGGCGGAGCUGGAGGCGGAACAGUGGAAGGAGGAGCUACGCCGGCUGCAGACGCACAGCCAGGAGCAGGGACAGCAGAUACAGACACUCAGACAGGAGAGGCAGAACAGCCAUGACAAGAACAAUAGGCUCCAGCACGAGGUGUCCCUCCUCCAGCAGCAGUUGUGUGAGAGCAGGGAGCUGCUCCACUCUCUGCAGAAUGAGCUGCAGGUCUACCACGGAGUGUGUGCCAAGGUCAAGGGCAACCCAGAGUACCUGUGUGAGAGCCAGUACGGUAGGAUCCCUUCCCUGCCCCUGCCCGUGGAGCUGGGGGAGCUGCUAGGGGAGGUGAGGAGCCUCAGAGCCCAGCUCCAGAGCAGUGUCCAGGAGAACAGUGCCCUGAAACAGCUGGAGCUCCACAAACACCUGGAGCAGAAGCUGGGUGGGGGCGUCCACGGAGGGGUGGGGAGCAUUGGGGGGAUGGAGCCCCUGCGUACCCCGUCUCUCAGUGCCCUUACAGACAGCCCCCAGAGGGACAGCCUCUACAGACGGCAGCUACUGCAUGAUCCAGCGCCGUCUCCCCCGGUCAGAGACAUUGGGUUGUUUAACUGUGGAUCUCCAUACCACGUCCCCUACACAGACCUGGAGGAGACCCCGCUCACUGCCAAUGAUCUGCACCCCCACUCAGAGCUGCAGGGGGACGCCCCGGACGGCUCAUUCUCUAACCGGAACGGGCGCCACGCCAUCGGGCACGUGGACGAUUACAGCACCUUGCAGCAGCAGGUCCUGGAGGGGAGGAGUCUGGUCCAGAGAAUGGAAACAGCCCUUCAGGCCUGCCUCAGCCAAUCAAUGCUGGUGGACAGCCAGGACCAGGUCUUCCUGGACUAUGGGUGUGUGAGGACUCUGUUGUCUAACACCAAGACCCUGAGACAGAUCCUGGAGGAGGCUGUGUCCCUGCUGAAGAUGUUCUGGAGGGCUGCCCUGCCCAGCACCGACCGCUCCACCCACAACCUUAAGAAGGAGCAAUGUAUGCAGGAGGAGAUUCUGUCUCUGAGGGGGCGUAUCUCAGAGCAGGAGGAGGUUCUCCAGGGAACCAUCCAGAGACUGAGGAGCACCAGCCGCACCAAUGAGAGCAUGGAGCACUUCAUCGUCAACCAGCUAUCAAGGACUCGCGAUGUGCUGAAAAAAGCAAGGACUAACUUGGAGAAGAACGAGCGGAGGAUUUCUUCUCUAAGCUCCUCCUCUUCCUCUCCUUAUGCUGCUGAAGACCGAAGUCCCGGCAACGAACGGCCUACUGAUUGGAGUUUCUUGAAGCCUGGCGACGCCCCGGCAAUGGCAAAUCAGCGUCCAGGAACCAGGAAGCGCAGCAGCCAGUGCCUGUUUUAGGCGCUGACUUGUUAAAGAAUCAGCCAGCCCAACACCACAACCUCUGAACUCUGACCUCACCGCCAGAACAGCCACGACCCCUCCUCCUCUGACUCCAGCCUUACCUGUCACCCCAUCCACUCUUUGCUUUGUCUCUAGCAUCCAACGUCCAUCUCUUUCUUUUUUUCUCUUUCUUUCUUAUCUCUCCUCCACUUCUCUCCUGUCGGCAAUUCGAGCCCAAUACUCCUGCCUCCUGCACCUCGAGCCGUACCUGAACUCUUCCUCCUUUAGUGUUCAUUCCUCCACACUCCUUUUGACUGUUUUCUUUUCUCCUCCUCCACCCCUGUUCUUCUGUUGGUGUCUUUGAGCUCCAGAGACAGUUGGUCCAGUCUGAUGAUUGCCUUGUUGUGAGCGUGAAGAAGGUGGUUUGAAACGUGCCUCUGAUGGUAACAGUAAUGUGCGCCCUUGACUGCUGUAGAAGGAGUAGGAUGAAGCUGCCUCUAGACAAUGAGCUAAGGUCAGAUUUGCCUUUUCCCCAAUGGUAAAGGUUAUGGGAUUUGGGGACGGUCGGCUGAUCCUAGAUCUGUAGCAAAGGGAAGCUUCUACCCGGAGCAUAGUAGAUUGUGCUCUUCUGCCUGGCAGCUUUUGGACGGGAUAAGUGUCAAUGCAUGUGAACUCACGGCUUGAGAAAGGAAACGUAUAGUAUACAAACGCAUACACGUAUACAGUACGGUACAUAUAGAAGUAGAAUAGGCGUGGAACCUCUAACCCUGGCAAUGGGGACGCCCAUUCUAUUCAUUCUAUUUCUGUGACAGUACACACAUCACCCACAUACGUUCACAGACAUACGUGAACAAUCAAUUUCUUUCAAGACAAAUCUUCAACUUUCACUGCCACAGAAAUGCAAGCUUUCUCCUCGUGGCAUUUCAUCAAUGAGUACUUUCUUUGUAAGUACAAUGCAAAAAGUAAAAUAACAUCCACAAUCUAGCUAGAUCUUCUGGAAUCACAGUGGAGGAAUGUAUAGGUGUAACACUUCUAGGUAAUUGUUUGCUAUAUUGAUCUGUGGAGGAUGAUGCCUUUGGAUGGUCUGUCUGCCAUUAGCCAAGGGUUCUGGAUAGCAGAACAAAGGCCUCGUUCCAUUUCAGUCACUAGCCCCUUCCCCUCGCUCCUACUCAAUCGGUAUUCACAGAUCUGAAUAGACUGGAUAGGUGAAAGCAAUAUGUUGAUGCUUCGCCUAGUCCUCCGAUAAAUUAAGUUGAGCUUCCGCUGUGUUGCUUUUAUCUAUCCAGUCCUAGCUGAUCUAACGCUGACGGGGUAAAGGCUAAAAGAAGGGGCUAGGGGCUGAAAUGGACCGAGGCCAAACACGCGUAUUCAAGCUCCUCUUUAGGAGUCCUCAGACGAGCAUGUGCAAUACUUACGUUGUUUAUUGAAUGAUCAUGGCGCACCAGCUUUUAGUUUUUUUGCCUGACACUGGAACUAAAGUAUUUAACCUCUCUUGAUAAGUGAAAAAGACUGUCGGUGCAAUAUUAUACUAAUAACUAUCUUAUACUAACUUAUGAAUACUACUGACUGAAACAAAGUGAAGUUUUUCUGCAGUGUUGAUGCAUGAAAGAAGUUUUAAAAGGAAAAAUCGAAACAUUUGUUCGUGGAACAGGGGAUCACCAAUACUUGCCAAAGUUUGAACUUUGAACUCUUCACGUCCUUGUUUGCCUUACACAUGCGAAUGACAUACUGUAGGAGUGAUGUGACUAAAGGAAGUCAUCAUCAGCCCAGUAUAUGAGACCAUCUAUGACAUCAUGAUGGAGAUAUAAUUUCAUUGGCUGCUCUUUGAGAGCCAUUUGAACCAGAGAGACGGUAACCGUUAGAUUAUAAAUGUGCUUUAUAACGAGGACAUCUUGUCAUAAAUGGACCAAAAAUGUCUAAAAGUGAAUCUUUCAUACUAGGCUUCUAUUGCUUUGUGAAUUCCAAAAACCUAAAUUGUGCUCCUGUAAGAGAUGUACCACUAAAACAGAGAAUACUAUUCUGAUUGUUAAAUUUCCAUUGGACUUAUGGUUUUUUGUCUCGGUUUAGACCGUUAUUGCGUUCCCAUGAUGUUGUUGGCUAAAUGUUCUGUAUCCUUCUAGGUGUUACAAACUUUGGCAGGCUACUGGUGGGACCAGUGUUCUAGAUUUCACUAUCGGUGAUGAUGUCACACCCGAAGGUGUUUCUUCCAACGCUGCUUAUGAUUGUUUUGAGUGUCCUUGCUGUACAUUUGGCCAUUUUCACGCUGUAAAUGACUUGCUUUUUCACUGUAUUCUGUUGACUGACCUUUUGGUGUGUGGAUAAUCAUGUCAGACAUUUGCUCUGUAUGCAAACGUCGAAUAUCUGGGUAGCUGUGCAAUAGCUCUACGCUAUAUCUACUUUAUUUUGAUGUACACAUCAUUGUAUUAACGAUAUAUUUGCUUCCUUGAGUGUUCCUGCUUUGUAUGGUUUAUUGAUUUAGUUUUUUAGAUUAUGCCAGAUUGUAAUAAGAUAGCCACAUAUCUGUUAUGAAAUCACAAAGAUAUGCCUUUUCUUAGGAUAUAAGGGAAACCAGUAUUAUUACUUACAAACCCACCUAUUAUUAACCUUUGGAGGCUUGCCUUUAAAAUUAGUUUGGCCACUGCAAUUUGCUCCCAACACUUACUUGGGGCUCUAUUCGAUCUGUAAAGCUGAAGCGUUACAGAUUCUGCGACAGAAAUGUGAAGGUAGUUUCCGAUUGAGCCGACAGAUGCAGCGUUUACCGUGAAUGCAGCGGGAACAUUGCUCUUUUAAAAAUGUCAAUCGCGCUGUAAAGCUGAACUUCAGCGAUGUGGAUUGAAUAGAGCCCUUGGAGUUACUAGCGCUUGGUGUCUAUCCUAGGUAUAUAUCACCGUAUAUCUGCCAACAAGGUCUUGUUUGCGCUCCACUCAAUUGAAAAUCCCUAGAGGGGAUUCUAAUAGAAAACAUUCUAAUAACAAACGUUCUAAUAUAAAACCCCAUGCUGUUUGGUUCUUUUAGACAAAUAAGGAUUUGAUGAGAAGAUUCAGAGAAAGAUUAGGGGAAAAUAAUAUUUUAUACCAAAGCAGAAAAAAACAACCAUAGGAUUGUGUCAGAGUAGAACAGAACAUUGCCAGAGAGUGUGAACAAUGCCUUUUUUACUACGCAUUGUGUAGAAAGGAAUCAAACAGCAGUAUUUAGCCGUGUCUAAUAGUUGGUCCUGAAACUUGUAUUUAAUGCUAUGUGAUUGAAAUGGAAGAGCAGCUUGGUUUGUCAGGUUGUGUGUGUGAUAAAGUGUGUGCUGAUGAAGCUAAUUAGGAUGCCGACACAGAGCUCUUCUAUGGGCUCUGUCUCUGAAGAUGGUCACUGUGUGGGUGUUGUGUUGCCACAGUGUUAUCACAAUGAGGGAUUUUGGGUUCAAAAAAUAAAUACAAAAUAUUUUAAAAAUAA